AUGUAUUCGACUGUAUUCGCAAGCUGUAUUCGUGAUACAAUAACGAAAUUUGCGAAAAAAGGUCUUCAGCUGUUUAAAAACGCAAAUGCAAUUUCCCCUUUUUCUUCAGAAUCCUUUUGCAGCUAUACACCAUUCCCCGAAUUUUGCAAAUACAUGUUACCGAUCAACAAGUCUGCUACUAUUCAAGACUAUGGCCGUCUCUCUCUUCACCAUUCCUUAUCAAUGAAUGAUCAUCUCCUUUCUUUGGUCAAUGACGAUCUCUUUAAUCUUCGAUAUGCAUUGCCUGAAACCACCAUUCGUGCCCUUGAAGAUUGCCAACUUCUCUGUAGCUUGAACCAUGACUUUAUUUUAAGCGCCAUUCAGUCCAUCCAUUCUACAAACAUGCUUGAAAGGUUACAAGCUAAAGAUAUUCAAACGGUGCUAAGUGCCAUAUUAACAAACCAAGAAACUUGUUCCGACGGUCUCAAAGAUGUAGCUGUUGGUACAAUCGUGACAAAUAUGCUUCUAUCUCCAUUAUCGGAUGGGGCCAAAUCUUUUAGCGUUUCAUUAGCACUUUUCAUGCAUGGAUGGGGUUAUUCCGCUAUCAAAUCCCGAUCACUAUCAGAGAAGAAAUUUCCAUUUUCUGGUGGAAGGAAACUGCUUCAGUCAAAUGAAUAUGGUGUGACUGUGAAUCAAAGCGUGGUUGUGAAUCCUGAUGGAAGUGGUAACUUCAUAACUAUUAAUGAAGCUGUGGCUGCAGCUCCCAACAAUACUGCUGCAGGCAGUGGUUAUUUCUUGAUUCAUGUGGUGGCUGGUGUUUACGAAGAAUAUGUUUCCAUUCCCAGUAACAAACGGUAUAUUAUGAUGACGGGUGAUGGGAUCAACAAGACUAUUAUUACUGGAAACAGGAGUGUGGCUGAUGGUUGGACUACAUUUAGUUCUGCAACAUUUGCUGUAACCGGGAAAGGAUUCGUUGCUAUGAACAUAACCUUUAGAAACACGGCAGGAUCAAUCAAGCACCAAGCGGUAGCUAUAAGAAAUGGUGCAGACAUGUCCACAUUUUAUGGCUGUAGCUUUGAAGGGUACCAAGACACCAUGUAUACUCACUCCCUAAGGCAAUUUUAUAGAGAAUGCGAUAUUUAUGGGACAGUGGAUUUCAUAUUCGGGAAUGCUGCUGUAGUGUUCCAAAAUUGCAACAUUUAUCCGCGUCUCCCAAUGCCUAAUCAAUUCAAUGCCAUUACGGCACAGGGCAGAAUGGAUAUCAAUCAAAACACUGGAAUUUCAGUCCAAAAUUGCAGCAUCAAAGCUGCCCAAGACUUGGCUUCUACUCAAACUUUUCUAGGGAGGCCAUGGAAAGAGUACUCGAGAACGGUGUAUAUACAAUCAUUUAUGGACAGUUUGAUUGAUCUUGCUGGUUGGUCUCCAUGGUCGGGAGAUUUUGCUCUCAAUACAUUGUAUUAUGCUGAAUACGCCAACACAGGGCCAGGGUCUGUGACCACUAAUAGAGUCACUUGGCAAGGCUACCAUGUGAUAAAUGAGACGGAUGCUGUCAACUUCACUGUUUCAAGUUUAAUUCAAGGAGAUGUUUGGUUGCCUGCAACUGGAGUUCCUUUUACUAGUGGCUUACUUUGAUAAGGGGCUAA